CUUGUCCGUUCGAUGUAAUUGACAAGUUUUCCUUGAUUAUACAAACACAAUUUAUGUUUCUUCGGAGUGCAACAAUGACAACAGCUGCUUCAACACCUCCACAGCGCCUCUUUAAACGAGAUUUGGUGUUUUUAUUGCCAAAGCUGAGGCGGACAAAACCUGAAUAUGUGAACUGCAUUGGGGCUGAGGUUUCUUGGAUCUCGACCACCGGAUGGUCGGGGCCGGGACUGACGCUCUGGAACAUUACUGGCGAGCUUAAGGACGACGCAAGCCAAACACAGGGUGCCAUUCUGGAGCUCUGUAGGAUAGAACUACGGGAGCUGAACUUGCCUACCAAACCUUACGUUAUCCGAUGCUUCUUCCUGGGGCUCACAAAAUACAGCGCCUCACCGAUCGUCGGUGUAUUAUGUGACGACCGAGACUACAGUAGUGCUCUAAAAAGGAUAAUUGACGACAGUCAGCUUCAAAGUUGGCCUUGCGUAAGAUUGCAUGUCACUGUUCAGGCCUUAAUGGUGUCAGAUAUCCCAGCAAUGACAUCUACCGAUUUGAGAGCAUACACGGUCCAUACACUCGUCGACAAGAUCCCCGAGAAUAUGAACGCAGUAGGAAUAGAGAUACGGAAGGAUAAUCAACCUAUCAGCAAAGCGACUAUAGGCGGAAUCAUUGUGGCAGACGGUGAACAUUUCGCGCUGACUGUAGCCCAUGCUUUCACUUACCCACAUCACUCUGGCCCAACACCUGGACCUUUGGAGAUCGACGUAUCUGAAUUGAAAGACCUUUUCGAAGGCCCCAAGCCAACAAGUUUCCCUGGUGAAAGAUAUACGAGUAUGGUCUCGGUUUCACAGUUACCACCGGCAAAAGAGGUGUUGUCCGCAGGGGUCUCGCCUCCUGCCCCGAUCGCAAGUUCUGGCGGCGGAAUUCAUAUUGGUGAAUUGAGCAUCAUUUCAAGAUUGUCAUGUCAUGAUAUAGAAACUCAUCCUUCCCUCGAUUGGGCACUCGUUAAACUUAACGACGCCCUACCUUCUCAGAUUAGAUAUACUAACAGUAUUCCUGUUGAUGGCCAUGGCCAGGUUGUGGUUCUGACUCCUCGGGCUUCUCUGCAAGGGCGGCUUCUGUCUGAUGCGGUCUUUGGCUUACCAGUGCGUGCAGAUCCGCAGUCAGUAUCUACUAUCCAAGUUGAUUUAACCCAAGAUGGCGACUCCGGGUCGUGGGUAAUUGGUCCUAAGGACAAGGAGGUGCGGGGAAUGCUGAUAGGAGCUUGUCAGCCUCUGCAUGAGGCGUACUUUCUGCGGAUGGAAGAGAUCCUGAAAGAUAUUGAGCGCCAAAUCAAGAAAAGUGUGACAAUAGCUUCAGAAGGCGACUCUGGCUCACUAGUUAUCCCGGGAAACAAAGACAAUGAAACCCUUACGGAAGAAGCAAGUUUGAGAAUGACGGGUAAACCUGUACACGAUAUCGGAGGGAGGAUAUACAAUACAGAUCGGCCUGUUCCGGAACCAGCCAUCAACGCUCUCGAGUAUUUUUACUGGAUAAAUGAGAGAAAAAAGGCGGUUCGCGACUUGGACCACGAGAAGAAGAAAAGAGAACCCAGACUGGACGUCAUCCAAGUCAUAGAGAAAGUGAUCAAGCAAGCUGAGUUGGUGAUCGAGCAGUGGAACAUCGAGAACGCGGAAGACCUCGUGCCCCAGCGAAAGAUGACCACUUUGAUGGGUUACAACUUGGAUGAGAGAUUGAGAAGGAUCGAAGAGCUUCAAGCUGAGCACUUAAGGCUUCGAGAUAGCAUCGAAGAAAUGGAAGACGAGAACUCCCCGGGUUGGGAGAUUGCAGCCACCCAACUGAAACUCGAAUUAGAAAUCGUCGAGAUAAAGCUCAAAAUUAAAAGGGAAGAAGACAUGGAUGACCCUCAUGUCAAAAGAUGGGAGCAGGAGCUCGAAACUGCCAAUCUAAAAUUGGAGUUGGCUAAGUUGGACACGGCCCCGGCCAAAAAUCCUGAGAAUGAGAAGCGUAUCACGGAGCUAAGGGCCAUGAUCAAGAACGCCGAACCCGAAUAAUCGUGAGAGAGUUCUAAAGGUCAACCUGGAGGGUACUUAGGACCGUAAAAGUCGACUCAUUCCUUUCUUCUGCCCUUCUUCUAUCAGCGUCAGGCAAUUACUUCUUUCCUUUAUUACGUUACUCGUUACCAUGUUGUGCCCGAUUGUAGCU